CCUCAUUGUAUUUUUUCAACUUGUUUACGAUAAACACGACGCCAUUUUAAAUCGCACAUUUUGUGCGAUAUUCGUUCCAACAUGAACUAGCCCUUAUAGGUAACUCUAUAUGCUUCAGUGACAGUUCAAUGAAAAAAUCCUUUUUUUGCUACCAAUGGCCUGUCAACUGUCGAUAGUUUGUUGAUUUGUUUAUAAACAAAACAUGACAAAUGUUUGUACAAUUUGUCUGAGGAGCGACAAUAUUGUAUUUGAUGGAUCCAGUAAUGGAGAUAUAUUAAACAAGUUAAACAAAUGCGUCCCGGAAGAGUGGAAUUCAAAUAUAAGAAUAUGUUCAGUCUGUAAAGAUGAUUUGGAGAGAGCUUAUAAUUUCAAAAUAUUGUGCAUAACUUCAUAUACUUCUAAAAUAACCAUACCGUUAUUAUGCGACAAAGAAACUAGUUCAGAUGUUGAAAAUGAAGUGAUACAAGGAAAUGGGGAGUCAUCUGAAGAAGAAGCCGAUUAUUGUUUGGAAUGUUUAGAUUGCAAAAAGGUUUUCGAAACAAAAUCACUCUUGGAGAAACAUGCAAAGAGUAAACAUGAGAGAAAAGAUAUGUCAAAUAUGCAAAAACCAUGUGAGAACUGUGGAAAUCUUUAUAGUACGAAAAAUAUAAAACGCCAUUUCAAAAAUUGUAUUAAGAGAACUGGAAAUAAUGGAAUAAAUAAGUAUGAGAAAAUAAUCACUCGCCAACUGGAAUCAACUUGCACCCUUUGUGGAACAAUUUUCUCAAAUAAAUAUCUUAUGAGGCGACACAUGAAAAAUGUUCAUGCCACUGAAAAAAAUUUCAAAUGUGAACUUUGUGAGAGAACAUUUACAUCUGCUGUAUAUCUCAAUGCACACAAGAGAUAUCAUUCAGGUGAUCGUCCUCAUAUAUGUUCAUUUUGUGGAAAAGGGUUCAUAACAACCAGCGAUCUUUAUCAUCACGAGAAAAUUCAUGUGAAUAAAAGAGCUUAUAGGUGUGAAAAGUGUCCAAAAGCCUUCAAUACUUCUUCUGAUCUGCACAAACACAACAUAUGUGUUCACAUAGACCGUGCCCAAUGGAAAUAUACCUGCAACUCUUGUAACAGAAAGUUCCCGUUGAAAAUUAAUCUUGAUAGCCACAUCAAAACACAUACGGGAGAGAAAAAUUUCUCAUGCCAUUUAUGUGAGAGAAAAUGCAUCAGUAAGUCAGUAUUGAAGAGUCAUAUCCAGACCCAUUCUAAUAUAAUUUCCUUCAAGUGCAGCCUCUGCACCCAGGCUUAUAAGUAUCGGAAGUCACUUAAUCUGCAUUUAGCUAAAGCACAUGGUAUCGGUAAUAUGAAAGUUCCUGUUGCAACCAAAAAGUUUGUAUGUCCACUUUGUUCAAAGACUUAUACUGCUAAUAACAAAUUGCAGAAACAUAUUAGAUCUCAUGAUGGUGAAAGACCAUUCAAGUGUCCUGAAUGUACAAAAUGCUUUGCAGACAAGUCUUAUGUUAAAACACACUUGAGAAAUGCUCAUAACAUUCCAAAAAAUGAAUGUGUUUAAUCAAAUUUUUAUUGAUAUGAACGAACCUGUUAAUUAAUUUCAGCAAUACAAUACUGUUAUCAAUUAUAUUCAAAAAAGCCUU